UUUGUGUAUUGUACAACAACUUCCGGUUGUAAACAAGAUAGUUUUGAGGAGGCGGAGAGAUAUUUUCGUGUUGAUUAAGACAGAGUAGAAAGGAUCCAAGAUGAGUACAGAAUAUGUGGAGAGAACAGAGACCACCACCACCUCAGAUGGAAGUGGUAUCUCCUUCCAGAGUGGCUUCCUCCGCUCUCUGCCAGGGUACCUCAAAAUCGCAGAAAUGGUGUUGGACUUGAUUGCCUUCAUCUGUGCUUCAGUGAAUUGGUGGGUUGAUUUAGGACAAGGCUGGGCUCAGUUUGUCUUCAUAUCAGCUCUGAUUACCACUCUCAUCUUUUUUAUAUUUCAUCUCUUCAAUGUUUUCUCCAAGCUCCCAGGCCCAUGGAUAUUCAUUGAGUUUGUUUAUUAUGUGGUGUACUGUGUUCUCAUCUUUAUUGCUGUCAUUGUCUGCCUGGCCAGGGGAGCUCAGUAUAGCCUUGGGGGAAUCAUUGCAGCCACAAUUUUCGGAAUGGCUGCAUUGGCUGUGUACAUCGUAGACACCUGGUUCAUGUUCAGGAAUUGGCAGUCAGCUAAGCAUGCUGGAACCUCAGGAAGUGGCAGUGGUGGGGCCACAACCACUACCACCACCAGCCACACCACUUAUGAAACCAGAACCCAGUACUAAAAUGUCAGGGUCACUUCUACAUUCCUCAAAUAUGAACUAUGAAGGAUGAAGUGAAAGAUCUGAAAAAAAAUGUAGAAUUUAAUUUUGAUGAUUUUUUUUACAUAGAGUUACUAAUUUGUUGUUAUUAUUAUUUUUUUACCAUCCAGGUACUUUGUUGCCAUUUUUCUAGUUUACAUUUUUUGUUGAUGACUGGAGAUUAGACAAAGAUUUAAUUUUGAGGUGAUUUGUUUUGUACAUGUUUAAUACAACAUUUACAUAUGUGUACGUAAAUGUCUUUCGUUGUCAAUUCACACCAGCAAACGGGAAUUUAUUGUGGAAAUUCUUUAUUGACGUUUUUCUUAUGUAACAUCAGAGAGCCAGCUAUAGAUCAAUACAAAAAGUUGUGAAAAAAUCAAUAUAGUGGAAAAGUAUUUGUCAAAAACCAAAUGUUACCAUCAGAUUAAUUGUAUGGGGGGAAAGUAAAAAAAAAUAAAUAAAAUUAGUUGAUAAUUGCUGACAGUGGAGCAAAAAAUGUGUUAGCUACUUAUAUGGCAAAGUUCUGUUUAAGCAGACUAAAAAGUCUUUUAAAUGACCUUUUGGAAUGUUGUUUAAAACUGACAAAGUUUAAAGAGUGCCAUGAAUUUCCAUAUGACCUUUUCUCUCUGAGUCUGAUUGUUCAAAUAAUUGAUUUUCCAUUCUCUUUUUUUAAAUGCUGAUUGCUUGUUCUUUUCAAAAAAAAAAAAUAAUAAGGUAGAUGGCUUACCCAUAGACAAAGUUUAUUAUCCAAACUAAUGUAGCUCUUGAAAUUAUAUACAUGUACAUGUAUAACAGUUAGAAUAUAUUUGUAAUAUACAAAGUAAUUUGUGAAGGGAGUGAUUUCUCCAUUAGGUAUUGUAUUGCUGUUUUUGGUGCUGAAGAAAUUAAAUGUUUAAUAAAAAGACUGCAAUUGUAGGCAAUUUAUGCUCAAGUACUUGUAGUACUUCAGAGAACAUUUGAAAAGAACAAAAAGAAAAUUCUCAUUGUAUGUAAUAAUGAUGCCCAGGAAAAUUUGACUCCCUUGCAUAAAUACACAUCAUAUGUCAGAUAUAUACAUGUUGUAUAGAGUCUUUGCAAUGCAUGUAUCAUAUUUAUGAAUGAAUGUUGUAUAAUCUCGAUGGGAAUAUAUUUAAUGUACUGGAUGUAUAAUAUUUUCAUUAAAAAUCUCUAAUUAAUGCAUAAUGAACUCUUUAGGCAGUGUGAUGUGUUAUUAGUUUAUUUAGUGUAUUUUUUCCUGAUUAAAACUAGGAACUAUUUGAUAGAGUAAAUUAAUUUUUUUACGAUAAUCAAGAAUUAUAUCAUUACACAAGAAUGUCCUUUCAAUGUGACAAAAAUAAUCUUAAAUUUUAAAUGUUUUGAUACAGUUUGAAAUUUUAAAGCAGGGGUAUAAGAAGGGUGAAAAAAAAUCAAGGAUGCACAAUUUAAUUUUUUGCUGACUAAAAAAUUUAUACUGAACAAAUUUUCCCCAAUUAUAUCCACUCUAAAUGUGAUUUAAAGUAAUUUACAGGGUAUUGCUAUUUUAUCUUAGUAAAGUUCUCUUGCUUAGUGCAGCUGUCCUUAAGCAGGUGUUGGUGUGUAUAUCAUUUACCCUUAGAUGUGUGUGUUAAAUGAGAUAAACCGGUAUUUAAUAAAAACCAAAACAAAAAAAAAA